GGGGGAACAAAAUUUGAAUCCCAAUCUACGUACCGCUCUCAACCCUUUCUCCCCCAAAUCGGUACUUGUUUCCGCCGUCCGCCGCAGCAAUAGCAUAUCGUUUCUCCGACCUCUAUUCGCCGGCACCCGAGACGUCGGUUCUCUACUGCUUAACAUCCUCUCUGCGUGUUAACCCUAAUCCGAUCCUUGAUAAAGAUUCAGCGAAACGCCAUGGACGAUCCUUCAACUCUGUCUGAAGGAAGUGCGUAUCAGGCAAUCAAAGGUAUGGAAUCGGUGGUUGCUACUGUCAGUGGUUACCAUGGGACAGAGAGGUUUAAGCUCAUCAAGCUUAUUGCGCAUGCUGGAGCUAAUUAUGUUGGAGCGAUGACAAAAUCUACGACACAUCUGGUAUGUUGGCGGUUUGAAGGUAAGAAGUAUAAUCUGGCAAAAAAUAUUGGUGCACACAUAAUCAGCCAUCGAUGGUUCGAAGAUUGUUUAAAAGAAAGGAAGCGGCUGCCUGAAGAUUCUUAUUCAAUGCAGAGUGGACAAGAUACUGGAUCCAUAACAUGGGAAGAACCUGCCUUUUUGAAUGCUUCUGGAGAAGGAAAAUGCAGCAUACCCACUAAUCGAAGGAGCAAAGCAGUUGAUGUUGGUGCUAGUUACCUGGACUGGCCUGAAUCAAAUGUAUUAAGCAGACAUUCGGAAUCCAGUCACUUCCCAAAUUUGCACUUAUCAAGCAACAGGAGAAAUUUAUUUGAUGAUAAUCAAGAUGAUAUUACGUAUGGAUCAGCUAGUAGAAGUCACUGCCUUAAGAAGAAAUCAUAUUGCGAUCUUUCAAAUUAUAUUGAUCCGAGCCAGAAGCAAGGAACUUGUUCAAAGAAGUCCAGAACACAACUCGCUGAUUCUGAUUCUGAUUCAAUCAGUGGAAACAGUUUAAGAAAUAGGCUUGAGCAAGACGGCAUAGAGGAAAUUCUGUUGGACAAUAAAUUUAGGGAUCUUAAUUCUUCUUUAGACAACAGAUUAUCUUCAGAUAAUGAGCACCAUGAAGAAAGAAUUGAAACCCUUGAUUCCUUCAAUGAUGGUAUGAAGGAUAAUGAACCACAUAAAGUAAAUGAGAGUCUUAUCCAGCAUGGUGGACAGAAUCAAGCAGAAGUAUCAUGUGUGAUUUGUUGGACAGAAUUUUCUACAACACGGGCUGUUUUACCUUGUGGGCAUCGCUUCUGCUAUACAUGCAUUCAAGGAUGGGCUGAUUGUAUGGUUUCAAAUGGAAAACCCUCAACUUGCCCUCUAUGCAAAGCCAGUUUCACAAACAUCAAAAGGAUGGAGGAUUCCUCUACAGAUCAGAAGAUAUACUCCCAAACCAUUCCUAGCGGAUCCCCGAAUAGAGACAUUCAUAAGCGUUCUAGUGAGGGAAAUGAUAAGGACACAAACUUGCCUGCGGAUUAUAUUUGUUAUGAGUGUCGAUACCAUGAGCCAGUGGAUCUUCUUGUAUGCUGCCAAAUCUGCAAAGCUAAGUGGGUACAUUCUUGCUGCUUAAAUCCUCUAUCGAUUCCAUGGACCUGCAUCCAUUGUAGGGAUCUCAGGACACUCUAUAGACUUUUUCGGUAAGUUGACGGUUCCAUGUGAAGUGGAUGAGAAUCAAUGGUAGAUCAAAGUCCAAAAUAUUAUGAACACCGUCGACCUUCCCAGAAUAUAAAGGGAUGAUGCAUGUCGCAUCCUUAAGUAAAUACUUUCUGAGAUUUUGCAUGAUUUAAUUAUAGAAAUGAUGACCAUUCAAAAUUUGUAUCUAUCCUUCCUUGUUUGCAUAGUAUUGCCUGAACAAAUGCAUCUUUAUCCGUUAAAUAUUGUCUUUUAAAGUUCUGAUCAGUCACGUCAGACAUGUUGAAUGGAUAUCCGUGAAAUCAAAGGCUUUCUUACGAGUACAAUUCGACUCAGAAGUCAAAAAGUUGGAUAGCAUGUGGUGGAAAGCCGAAUGUGUUCAAUCGCACAUAGAUCGCAUGUUGACUUAGCUAUGGUUCAAAGUAAAAU